AUGGGUCAUCCAUGCCGUCCUGCAGCACUGUUCAAUCUCGCCACUGCGAAGUUUGUCAAUUGCAAAGCUAAUGGAACACGUCCCGGCCUCGGCGUUUCUAUCACUCUUUUUCAAGGCACCCUUGAAUUGCGUCCUGCAGAUCAUCCGGACCGAACCAUCACCCAGCUCCAUCUUGCCAUCGCUCUGCUUUCUCAUUUCGCGAAAAUGGGAUUUCAGACGGAUGCUGAUGCGGCUGAAGAGUUACUGAGCGAAGUCCUCGAUGUCUGCCAUGCCAGCAGCAACGACGAAGACUUGGAUGAGGCCAUCGCACUUCAGACGGAAGCGCUGGCUUUGUGCCCAGUUGGUCAUACAGAUCGGUCCAUGACAUUGUAUAGCCUUGUGUAUCAACUCUCCAUCCGCUUUGAACACCGAGGUAAUGACGAAGACUUGGAUCAGGCUAUCGCAUGUUACAGGGAAGUGCUGGCUUUGUGCCUGGUCGGUCACACAGACUGGCCCAUGCACCGAGGUAACAACGAAGACUUGGAAGCGCUGGCUUUGCGCCCGGUCGGUCACGCAGAUCGGUUUUUGACAUUGAAUAACCUUGCGACUAAACUCGCCUCCCACUUUGAGCACCAAGGCAACGACGAAGACUUGGAUCAGGCUAUCGCACUUCACAGGGAAGUGCUGGCUUUGCACCCGGUCGGUCACACAGAUUGGUCCAUGUCAUUACAUAACCUUGCGAAUCAACUCUCCUCCCACUUUGAACACCGAGGCAAUGACGAAGACUUGGAUCAGGCUAUCGCACUUCAGACAGAAGCACUGGCUUUGCGCCCAGUCGGUCACGCAGAUCAGUUCAUGCCAUUAAAUAACCUUGCAAAUUCACUCUCCAUCCGCUUUGAGCACCGAGGCAACGAUGAAGACUUGGAUCAGGCCAUCGCACUUCAGAGGGAAGUGCUGGCUUUGCGCCCAGUCGGUCAUGCAGAUCGGUCUUCGUCAUUGAAUGACCUUGCGAAUCAACUCUCCUCCCGCUUUUACCACCGAGGCAACGAUGAAGACUUGAAUCAGGCUAUUGCACUUCACAUGGAAGCGCUGGCUUUGCACCCGAUCGGUCAUGCAGAUCGGUCUAUAUCAUUACACAACCUUGCAAAUCAACUCUCCUCCCGCUUUGAGCGCCGAGGCAAUGACGAAGACUUGGACCAGGCUAUCGCACUUCAGACAGAAGCGCUGGCUUUGUGCCCGGUCGCAAACCUCGCGACUCAACUCUCCGACCGCUUUCACCACCGAGGCAAUGACGAAGACUUGGAUCAAGCUAUCGCACUUCAGACAGAAGUGCUGGCUUUGUUUCCAGUCGGUCACACAGGUUGGCCACAACUCUCCACCCACUUUGAGCACCGAGGCAAUGAUGAAGACUUGGAUCAGGCUAUCACAUUUCACAGGGAGGCGCUGGCUUUGCGCCCGGUUGGUCACACAGAUCGGUCCUUGUCAUUAAAUAACCUUGCGAAUCAACUCUCCUCCCGCUUUGACCACCGAGGCAACGACGAAGACUUGGAUCAGGCUAUUGCACUUCAGACGGAAACGCUGGCUUUGCGCCCGGUCGGUCACCCACAUCGAUCAUCGUCAUUAAAUAACCUUGUGAAUCAACUCUCCUCCCACUUUGACCACCGAGGCAAUGACGAAGACUUGGAUCAGGCUAUCGCACUUCACAUGGAAGUGCUAGCUUUGCAUCCAAUCGGUCACGCAGACCGGUCUAUGUCAUUACACAACCUCACGAAUGAAUUCUCCAACCGCUUUGACCACCGAGGCAAUGACGAAGACUUGGACCAGGCUAUUGCACUUCAGACGGAAGCGCUGGCUUUGUACCCGGUCGGUUUGCUGCCCCGCCUGCGAGCAAGCCUGAGCUGGGUUCGCCAAGCUCGUCAACAUUCGCAUGGUACUGAACUGGAGGCUUGUACGACUUCCAUGCAACUUCUGGACACUUACAUGUCCACGACAGCUUCAGUUUCGUCCCGUCACAAUGUCAUGAAGGACUUCCCAAGUACGCUUGCUGUGGAUGCUGCAUCAUGUGCUCUUCGUAGUGGUGACGUGUGUCGCGCUGUUGAGUUGUUGGAACAAGGCAGGACUAUCAUCUGGACCCAGAUGACACAACUCCGCACGCCUCUUGACACCCUCAAGACACGCAGUGAUCACGCAGCGGCCCUGGUAAAGAAAUUCAGAGACCUAAGCUCCCUCCUCGAUAAACCUCCUGCGAACUAUCCAGAAGCAACCUCAAGAGUUGAUGUAGAAGCAGAAGCAGAAGCAGAAGCAGAAGCAGAAGACACCCGGUACCGACGUUUAGUGAAGGACUGGAAUAGAGCUGUCGAAGAGAUCCGGAAAAUCGAGGGCUUCUCUAGCUUCCUCCUUCCCCCCUUAUUUUCCAAUCUUCAAGAUGCAGCUCGUGAUGGGCCUAUCAUCGUGCUCAUCGCAAGCCAGUCGUCUUGCGAUGCCAUUAUUAUCCCGCACAAGCAACCUCCUACUAGCAUUCAACUCCCUAUCAGUUUGUUGAAACUCGCCAGAUUGGUGGUCGCACUCCGGGAGGCAAUUAAUAAGGAGGCCGGUCCUAAAGGGAACCAACCAGCGCUGACAAAAGCUUUGAGGGAGUUGUGGGGCAAUGUCGUCCGCCCAAAUCUGGCCGAAUUUGCACCACGAGGUUCCCGAAUAUGGUGGUGCCCGACGUCUUUCUUCAAUUUCUUGCCGUUGCACGCUGCUGGCAAAUACAGGGCAAAUGGAGAGUCCCUUUCGCAGCAAUAUGUCUCUUCAUACACUCCAUCGCUUACCGCGUUGAUGAGAGCUCACAGAAGUCAUGAUAGGUCACCGUCAGUGUCCUUCGCUGCCAUUGGCCAGAAUCUCCCAGCCGGUGCUUUAUUCACUUUGGAUGGUGUGGAGCCUGAACUGGAAUUGGUGCAGAGUCUUUUGCCCCCUCCCCCAACUGUUUCCUUCACCAAGAUAACGAGCGUUGAAGCCACAAAAUCAAGAGCACUGUGGGCAUUGCAAGAUAAUACUUGGCUCCAUUUCGCGUGUCACGGGACGCAGGAAUUUGACGAACCCUUCAAGUCGGCCUUUCUUAUGCGCGACCACCCGCUUUCACUCCUCGAUAUCACCCAAAUGGAUCUCUCUCGGCAUCAAUUUGCAUUUCUUUCUGCCUGUGAAACCGCAGUCGGUGCCUUCAGUACGCCCGACGAAGUGAUACACCUAGCGGCUGGCUUGCAAUUCGCUGGCGUUAAGAGUGUCGUUGGGACAUUAUGGAAGGUCAACGAUAAUACUGUGCAGCGCUUAGUCAAGGCAUUCUACAAAAACUUGUGCGGGGAUGGCAAAAUGAAUUCCAAGCGAGCUGCCCAAGCACUGCACCAAGCAGUGCACUCGUUGGCUUGCGACAAGGACAUGCCCUUGGAGCAGCGCAUAGUGUUCAUGCAUAUUGGCAUAUGA